AUGUACUGCCUGGGCACCCCUAAGUUCCUUGAGAUUCUGUCUCUGUGUUUUAAAAAAGUGAAUAUAAGUCUAAUACCUAUUAAUGAAUAUAAAAUCAUUUAUAAACAAAACGUUAAUAAUGUGCUUCUCAUUUUUCCCACAAGUCAUAUUCCAGAGAGACUCUGUGAAGGUAAAGAAGGUAGUCAAGGUGAAGAAACCUUCAGCCUGAUUCCAGAUGGUAUUCUGAACAAGAAAACUCCUGGAGUAAAACCAUGCGAACGCAGUGUGUGUGAAGUUGGCACGGGUCCUUCAUCCCUUAAUAGGCACAUCAGAGAUCACACUGGACGUGAACCAAAUGCAUAUCAGGAAUAUGGAAAGAAGUCAUAUACACGUAACCAGUGUGGACGAGCCUUGAGUUAUCAUCGCUCUUUUCCAGUACGUGAAAGGACUCAUCCGGGAGGAAAGCCCUAUGAUUGUAAGGAAUGUGGAGAAACCUUUAUUUCUCUUGUAAGCAUUCGAAGACACAUGUUAACGCAUAGGGGAGGUGUACCUUACAAAUGUAAGGUGUGUGGGAAAGCCUUUGAUUAUCCCAGUUUAUUUCGUAUACAUGAAAGAAGUCACACUGGAGAGAAACCUUAUGAAUGCAAGCAAUGUGGGAAAGCCUUCAGUUGUUCCAGUUACAUUAGAAUCCACGAAAGGACUCACACUGGAGAUAAACCCUAUGAAUGCAAGCAAUGUGGGAAAGCUUUCAGUUGUUCCAAGUACAUUCGAAUCCAUGAACGAACUCACACAGGAGAGAAACCCUACGAAUGUAAACAGUGCGGUAAAGCCUUUAGGUGCGCCAGUUCUGUUCGCAGUCACGAAAGGACUCACACUGGAGAGAAGCUUUUUGAAUGUAAGGAAUGUGGGAAGGCUUUGACUUGUCUCGCAAGUGUUCGAAGACACAUGAUAAAGCACACUGGCAACGGACCUUAUAAAUGUAAGGUGUGUGGGAAAGCCUUUGAUUUCCCCAGUUCAUUUCGAAUCCAUGAAAGGACCCACACUGGAGAGAAACCCUAUGACUGUAAGCAAUGUGGGAAAGCCUUCAGUUGUUCCAGUUCAUUUCGAAAACAUGAAAGGAUUCACACUGGAGAGAAACCCUAUAAAUGUACAAAAUGUGGGAAAGCCUUCAGUCGCUCCAGUUACUUCCGAAUCCAUGAAAGAACUCAUACUGGAGAGAAACCCUAUGAAUGUAAACAAUGUGGGAAAGCCUUCAGUCGAUCCACUUACUUUCGAGUACAUGAAAGAAUUCAUACUGGAGAGAAACCCUAUGAGAACCCCAACCCUAACCCUUCAUUUGUCCCAGUUCUUUCAUGAGCAUGAAAGGAGUCACGUAGAGAAACCCCAUGAAAGAAAGAAAUUCGGGAAAGCCUUCAGUCCUUUCUGUUUCUUUCAACUACAUGAAAGGAUUCACAGUGGAGAAAGACCCUGUAAGAUAAUUGGCUUUAAAUUACGAGAGACUUGUGAUAGGACAGUAAAACCUAGAGUUGGAGUUGGAUCUCUGGGUUGUGUCAUGUCAGUGUUGGUAGGUUAGGAACUAGAUUUCCCAGAAUCCAUUCCGUUUGUGAUUCCAUGAUACAAUUCACCAGUAACCUAUCUUACAUGAGGUUUGGAAGGAAGUUAAGAAGGCAUUAGCCAUGGUUUGGAAGCACCAUACAGGGAGACAGCAAUGUGAAUACAGGCUGUAUGGACACCUGCUUCCAUCCCAUUUUCCUACUGCUUUGGGUUGCCAAUCAAGAGUAUCCUCAAAAUGACUUGACUUUAAUUUUCUCAGAAGUGAUAGGUUUCCACACAGGUCUCCAGAAGCCCCACGUUGAAUAUCCAUCCACACUUUGGUUUUCCUUCAGACAUUAUCAUGUGUGAACUAGGCAACUAAUUCAGACUGUCCUGGUUGGGAAUAUUCUCUGAUGCUCUGACUCCCCUAGUCUGUAGACUGAAUUAGCAGAAGGUCUAAUUUGUGUGGUAAGCACCUUUGUUCUUACCAGUAGUGACUGUAUUCUUGAUUGAGCCUGACAGCUACCAUGCUGCUGUCAAAACCAACCAGAGGGGAGCUUGUUCUUCUGCUGUACUGUGCAGUGACUGGCCUCACCCAGGACCUUGAUGUGAGAAUAAGCACCUUCCUCUAUCAGGAAAUUUCAAGUGUUUCCUAUUAUUCAUAGCUCAAUGUAAUGCCUCAGUUCAUUUUCAGUUGUUUGAUUAUAUGUGACUAAUAUGUAUUUUUUAUUCAAACAAGACUUCUGUACAUGUUUCCUAGAAACAGUUUAACAACUGUCUUCAGUCUUGGAUUACAUCAAGUUUAUAAUUUUGGCGAAUUAUUUGUUAAGACACUGAAGUCAGCGUUAACCAUGUGCAUACAACUUAAGGAAUUUUUUCCUCCUCAUGUAAAUUUUACUUUUCAUGCUUAUAUAGUUUCAACUUUUAUCUUCAUAGUAAUUUCUCAUCUACUCAUACCACCAAAAGUUAAGUCAUGCUGUUUUGUGUGCUCUCUUGCUAAAGACCACAGAGACCAUACCUGUUGUCAAAGAGGGUGUAAUAAAUUGUAAUAAUAAUUAUGACCACAAACCA